UGUGAUUGUCUGCCGCUGUUUAGAGAGGUAGGACCCUGCAGCAGGGAGGUCACAUGCAAAUGUUCAUCCGAAAGCAAGAAACUAUGCCUUGAGCUUCACAUGCUUUCACCUUCCUCCAGGCCGCUUGGUUCUUGUUUGAAUGGAUUUCCCUGAUCCAACUACAUCAUUUCAUUGAAUGUAACGAAGAUGGACGUAGAAGCUAAAUCGAAGGUAACCAAAAUAAACAGAAGAUUUUGAGUUCUUGAGUGUUGAGUGGUGCCACUUCCUCAUCCUGACUUCAUCCUAAUUUUUUGGGAAAGGAGAUAAAUCUUGGCAGCAUGACUUCCAAGAACUUGAAUUCCACUGUCGCAUUGGCAUUUAAAUGCUGCUGCUCGUUCAAUCUCUUUUCAUUUCCUUGAGACAGAGCGUUUGAAUUUUGAACUGCAGCAGCAGCAGCAGCAGCAGCUUACGCUUUACCCUUGAAUCCGAUGCCGAGGUCGAGAUCGGAGCGAUGAAAGGCAGGCGUUUCCUUUCCAUGGCGUCGAGGGGAUCAGAUGCGUCGCAGCGGCAGUCGCCGCGGGUGCCGCUCCACCUCAAGAGCACCGCCAGAUCGGAGGCCAACGCCGUGCGCCGCCCCGCCGGCAAGGAACGCAGCCCCAAGGCGUCCCCUCGCGGCGGUGUCUUGCAAGAGAGGAAGAGGGGCACGGAGCUGGUUGAUCUGGAAUCCAGGCUGAGUAAGGUGCAGGAGGAGCUCAAGAAGCUGCGGAAUCGACUGGCCUCGGCGGAGGUCGCCAAGCUGGAAGCCGAGGAAGCUCUCGUCCGGGCCAAGAAGCGAAUCCCGGCAGCCCCACCGGCCCCCGAAGAAUCAGGCGAAGAAGAUGAGGAUAAGCGAGAGCGAGAGAGCAAAUCCGAAGGAGAAGCAGUCACUUCGCCAGAGACGAUGGAUGUAUUCGAAGUCGUAAUCCCAGCUGAGUCCGUGCCGGAGGAGAUGAAGACGAUGGUCGCGAAGGAAGCCGUAGGAGAGGACGGAAAGGGAGAUACAUCGGUGGAAGAUCUCAAAGCCAAACUGCUCGAGAAGGAGAAGGAGGCGGAGAUCCUGCUCGAAGAGAACAUGAUCUUCAAGGCGCACGCCGCGGAGAAGGCAAAGCGGAUCGCCAGCGCCGCGGAAGCGAAGGAGACGGAGCUGCUGGCGAAGCUGAGUUCCAUGGAGGAGGAGAUGCAAGAGAGCGAGGCGAGGGCGAGGCGGCUGGCGGAGCUGCUGGAGGCGGCCGAGGGCGCAAAAUCGGCGCUGGAGGAGGAGAUGAAGCGGCUGAGGGCGCAGACGGAGCAGUGGCGGAAGGCCGCGGAGGCCGCGGCGGCUGCUGUUCUGGCGGACGACGACGACGAAGUGGACAAGCACAUCGCGGCCUGGGCAUCGCCGCUGGCGAUGGAGGAGGGCGACUGGAAGAGGAGGAAGGGAGCUGGGAUUCGAAUGUUCGGGGAACUCUGGAAGAAGAAGAAGAAGAAGAAGAAGGGGCAGCAGAAGUGAAGCUCCGAUGGCUUUUUUGUUUCCUCGUAUUCUCUCUCUCCCCUCUCUUUCGCUAUUUCACCGCACGCCAUCGUCCAUGCGGCUGCACCGGCUAGUCAAACUUACCCCCGCAUACUUUUUUUUAAAAUGCAAUUGCAUUUUUGCCCUCGUA